AUGGUGGAUUCGCAGCGGGUCUUCGAUGGGAUGGUCCAGCACGAUGGGGUGUCGUGGAACUCGCUGAUUCAAGGCUAUGCCACCAAUGGGGAAAUGCCGAGAGCGUUGGGCAUUUUGUCGCUGAUGAUCUGGGAGAGUGAGAAGAGUUCUUCCGUGAUUCCGACACCUCGGACCUUUGUCGCUGCACUCAAGGGGUGUAGCAAGUUGGCGGUGGAAGAAGAUGGAAGGCUGGUCAAUGGAAAGCUUGUCAAGGUUUCUGCGCUCCAGAAAGUUUCGGAGAUUCACUUGGUGGCUGCGAAGUAUGGAAGGACAGACUCGACAAGCGUUUUCGUUGGCAACUCGCUGGUGGAUUUGUAUGCCAAGUGUGGGAGCCUGGAGGAUGCUCGUCGGGUGUUUGAUCGGAUGGAUCAUCGCGACAGGGUUUCAUGGAACGUUUUGAUGGCCGGAUGUGCUUUUCACGGGGAGGAGGAGGCGAGUUUGGAGCUGUUCGAGCGGAUGCUACUCCAGGGCUAUGCAGCGAACUCUCGGAGCUUUGUCACGGCACUCAAGGCCUGCUCGAGUCUGGCAGAGAAGGAAGAAGCGAUCAAGGGCUCACGGGAUGGACAGUUUGUGAAGAUUGUGGCUUUGGAGAAAGCUAUGGCUAUACACUCGCAGGCUGAGAGACUUGGCUUGGAUGUUUACAUGGCCAGCGCAAUGAUCAGUCUAUAUGCAAGGUGUGGAAGCAUCGUGAACGGGCUAAAGGUUUUCGACAGGAUGCUGUGCCGUGAUCUCGUGAUGUGGAACACGAUGAUUCUCGGGUGUGCCGAGAACCAUGACGCGGAGCUCUCUUUGGAACUGUUCGAGGCGAUGAGCAAGCAUAGCUGUGAAGCUCCGAAUGCUCGAACUUUAGUUGCGGUGCUCAAGGCAUGCGUAUAUCUGGCCGAGAAAGAAGAAGAAGCGCAGGAGAUUUGUGGGAAGAAGAUUAGAGUCAUGCUGCUCGAGAGAGGCAUGGCUUUGCAUGCUCGAGCCAAGGCAACCAUGGAACUCAAUGGCUUUCUAGCUUGCGCUCUCGUCGAGCUGUACUCCAAAAGUGGGAGCUUGGUGGACAGUAUGGCCGUGUUCGAAGCUAUGGCGCAUGAUCCAGAUGUUACGUUGUGGACUGCUUUGAUCACCGGGUGUGCUGACAAUGGGGAAGAAGAUCUAGCUCUUGAGCUCUUCUCUCAGAUGCAAAGUCAUGGAGGUUGUGCACCGGACGCUCAUAGUUUUGUAGCGGCAAUAAGAGCUUGCGGGUCUAGCUUGGCAGCAGCGAAAGAAUCCAGGGAGACGAAAGUGCUCGUGUGCGUGGAGAGAGGCAUGGCUCUCCACUUCGAAGCUACGAAACAAGGAUUUGUUUCGAACAAGUUCCUGGCCAGCGCUCUAGUCGACAUGUACGUGAGAUGCUCGAGCAUGGACGAUGCUCGCAGGGUUUUUGCUGCGAUCCAGCGUCCGGAGGUGGCAACUUGGAACACACUGCUUCUGGGAUACGUAGAAAGUGGGCAAGGGGAGCUAGCUCUCGAGACUUACGAGCAAAUGAAAGCUCGCGGUGGUCUGGAACCGAAUGCUUCGACUCUUGGCCUCGCACUGAGGGCCUGUGGAGUGGCGAGAAGAUUGGAAACUGGGAAGAGAGUCCAUGGUGAGCUAUGCAGGAGAGGCCUUGAAAGCGAUGCUGUUCUAGCAACGUCGCUCAUAGAUUUCUACGCAAAGUUUGGCAGUCUAGACAACUCUCGCCAAGUGUUCGACUCGGUUUCUACAAGGGACGUGAUCACCUGGAACGCAUUGAUAGCAGGAUGGAGCAGCCAGGGGAGCUACACGAAUUCUCUUGCAUUGUUCUACGCCAUGCAAGACGAGGAUCUAAGGCCCAGCAGUGUCACCUUCGUCUCGCUUCUCAACGCUUGCAGCCAUGCCGGGAUGGUUGAGAGGGCGAGGAAGAUCUUUCGUGCAAUGGAGGAGUCGUCCAAGUUUGCCGUGACGCCUGGUAUCGAGCACUAUGGCUGCAUGAUCGAUGUGCUUUGUCGAGCAAACCAGCUCGAUGACGCAGUGGCUAUGGUGCGAGGCAUGCCUGUGGAAGCCAAUGCCGUGGCCUGGACGAUCAUUCUCAACGAGUGCUGGAAGCGGCAAAACUUGGUGGUGGGAGCGCUUGCAUUCGACGCACUACAGAGAAUGGGUUUUACCACAUCCUCGGCCUUCACCUUGAUGACCAGAACUUAUGGAGCUGGACAAAGUUUAUAA